CAAAGCAGCAGGAAGCGACCCGCCGGUCCUUGGCCUGGGCCUCCCGUUAAUCCCUUCCCCUUGUGCCGUUGCAGCGCCCGAGGCCCGGAGGGAGCGCCGCGGGGGGGAGCGUGGCGAGAGAAUGAAGAAGCCAACCGCGCCGGAGAAGCAUGAGGCGGCAGCGCGGCGCGCAGUGUGAAGGGCUCCGGCUGACGGUCCCAUGGGCACCGGCGCUAUUGGUCCUGAGUCUGUGCUGCCGGGGGGCGGUUGCGGCCACCGCCGCCGGCCCGGUGCCUGAGCAGCAUGCGGCCUCCUCCUCCUCCCCAGGCCAGACGCCGCUGGACUGGCUGCUCACGGACCGGGGCCCGUUUCACCGAGCUCAGGACUACACGGACUUCGCCGAGCGCUACCGCCAGGGUUUCACCACCAGGUACAGGAUCUACAGGGAGUUUGCCCGCUGGAAGGUGAAUAACUUGGCCUUGGAAAGGAAAGAUUUCUUCAGCCUGCCGCUGCCCUUGGCCCCCGAAUUUAUCCGGAACAUCCGCCUCCUGGGACGACGGCCCAGCCUGCAACAGAUUACAGAGAACCUGAUUAAGAAAUACGGGACGCAUUUCCUGCUCUCCGCCACUCUGGGAGGAGAAGAGUCCCUGACCAUUUUCGUGGACAAGCGCAAGCUGAGCCGGAAAGCGGACGUGGGCGGGAACAGCUCCAACGUCUCCCUGGAGACCCUGCACCAGCUGGCCGCCUCGUACUUCAUUGACCGGGAGAGCACGCUGCGCAGGCUGCACCACAUCCAGAUCGCCACCGCCGCCAUCAAGGUCACCGAAACCCGGACGGGCCCUCUCGGCUGCAGCAACUAUGAUAACUUGGAUUCGGUCAGCUCGGUUCUCGUCCAGAGCCCCGAGAACAAAGUACAGCUGCUAGGUGAGGGCUGCAGCCUUUCUCCGUUCAUCCAAGCGCCCGGGAGAAAGAGAGAGGAGCUCCAGGCGCUGGUGAGGAGGCUCCCGGAGGACCGCUUUGUGAACGUGACGACCAUCUCCCAGUACUGGGCCAUGGACCUCGACGUGCAGCAUCGCUACCAGCAGCUGGGCGCCAGCCUGAAGCUGCUCCUCAAGAAAACCCGUCGGAUCGUCCAGCGUCUCUUCAACCUCUGCAGACACUGCCACAGGCAGCCCCGCUUCAGGCUGCCCAAGGAGAGAGCUUUGCCCUACUGGUGGAGCCGCAUCCAGUCCUGCCUGUACUGCAGUGAGAGCAGCCCUCCGGGGACCUUCCUGGAAGACAGCCACAGCUGCACCUGCCCCUCCGAGCCAGCCUCCUGCCAGGGGCCCAUCCCGUGUGCCUUGGGCGAAGGGCCCGCCUGCGCCGCCUGCGCCGAGGAGAACAGCACCCGCUGCGGGGCCUGCAACCCGGGCUACGUGCUGAGCCAGGGCCUGUGCCGGCCGGAGGUGGCCGACUCCCUGGAGCACUACCUGGGCCUGGAGACGGACCUGCAGGACCUGGAGCUGAAGUACCUCCUCCAGAAACGGGACAGCCGCCUGGAGGUGCACUCCAUCUUCAUCAGCAACGACAUGCGCCUGGGGGGCUGGUUCGACCCCUCCUGGCGGAAGCGCAUGCUGCUCACCCUGAAGAGCAACAAGUACAAGCCGGGGCUGGUGCACGUCAUGCUGGCCCUCUCCCUCCAGAUAUGCCUCACCAAGAACAGCACGCUGGAGCCCGUCAUGGCCGUCUACGUGGCCCGCCACUCGGAGAGUUGGUUCAUGCCCGUGAAGGAGGGCGGCUUCCCGGACUGGGAAAGGACUAACGUGGACGCCUCGGCCCAGUGCCAAAAUUGGACGCUCACCCUCGGGAACAAGUGGAAGACUUUCUUCGAGACGGUGCACGUCUACCUGCGGAGCCGGAUCAAGUCGCUGGAGGACAGCUCCAACGAGACCGUCUAUUACGAGCCCCUGGAGAUGGCGGAUCCCUCCAAGAACCUGGGCUACAUGAAAAUCAACAGCUUGCAAGUCUUCGGCUUCAGCUUGCCCUUCGAUCCCGACGCCAUCCGGGAUCUGAUCCUGCAGCUGGAUUACCCCUACACCCAGGGCUCCCAGGACUCGGCCCUGUUACAGCUCCUAGAGCUCAGGGACCGGGUGAACCGGCUUUCGCCGCCUGGCAAAACCCGGCUGGACCUUUUCUCUUGCUUGCUCCGGCACCGGCUCAAGCUGGCCAACAACGAAGUGGGAAGGAUCCAGUCCUCCAUGCAGGCCUACAGCGCUAAGCUGCCGAGCCCGGUGGCUCUGACGCAACGGGAGAGGGGGACGGCGAGCGCAGACUUCCAAAGGCCUUGCCGGAGCGCCAGCCGGGGGAGCAGCCCCAGAGACGGCAGCACGGGAAGGAUGCGAGGAGACGCCCGGGCCGUGGCAAGAGACUGCGGGGCAGCUUGGUCAGAGAGGGGCGCCAGGCCUAGGGCGGCCGGGGGCUCACCUCAUUGUGGCUUGUGUUGA